AUGUGGCCCUUAGCAGUGGAGGCAAGCUACUUCACGGAAGCCUUCAAGCAAAGUCCGACCAAGCUUUAUGGGUCCCUGCCUGGGGAGGAACCAACGUGCUUGCACAAGUCCUCUAUAAACUCCGUGACACACUCGGCAUCCGGAUUUGCAGCCAUUCAAUCCCGAAUCCGUGUCUACGCCGUCUCAGACCAAGACGAUACUGGGGCAUGGAUCCGGCAGCAAUUCCCCGACUUCUUUUACAUCUCCUCUACAUACGGUUGGAACCAGUACGGCCUUGCAAUUUGGAUUGGUAUUUCUGAAGAAGACAACUAUGGCGUUGACCAAGGCGGACCCGAUAACACCACCGUUUCGCACCAAUGGCUGCGGAAGAAUAUCCAGGUCGGUCCGUAUGGCAAAGAGGCCUAUCUCGACUUCAACUUCAUCUUGGAGGGCGAUACCCCCACGUUCCUGUAUCUCAUUCAUAUUGGACUUGGCGUUUCCGAUGAGCCUUACUACGAGUCGUGGGGUGGUCGCGAUGCCGCCGACCGGCGUUGGAAAGAGCAACAAGACGUUCAAAUCGAGCUAGGCAACAAGUGGUCUCUCCCGGCGAACACGAGCAAACCAAACCAUUACCCCAUCAUCUCAGUCAAUGGUAGUGCUCAGCGUGCUCCACUGAACAUCAGUGUCGCUGCUGGAUCGACUCUCACGUUCAAUGUUGCAGCCACGUUUGAUCCGGAUGGCGACAGGCUGACUUUCAAUUGGUUGCAGUACCAGGAGCCCGGGUCUAGCGAGUGGAAUGUUGCAGGUCAGAUGCCGCAAUCAAAAAUCAGCUCAGUGGAUGGUGGCCGAAAGGCCCAGAUGCAGGUUCCUGCAGGUAGUGAGAGCUGUGACGGGCAAGCUUCCACUUCUUCAGGUUGCUGGUUGCUCCAUGUUAUCCUUGAAGUCACGGAUGAUAGAUACCAUCCCCUGACAAGCUAUCAUCGGAUCUGGAUCCAGACUACGAGCACUAUGAAAACAUCGUCUUAA